CUGUUAAGAUCAGAGAGAGAGAUCGAAGCCCCCCCACUCCCCCCCCAAUGCUUCCUUUUUUGCAAUCCCGUUUAGGGAGCAGAUGGAAAAGUGGGGACUUGUGAAGAAGGGCUGUGAGGUUGCCUAAGGAUCCGGGAGCCGAAGAGACCGGCUGAUUGGAAGAAAAAAGCAGAGAGAUGGAGGCGGGGGAAGUGCGAGCUCUCUGCGGGGACUGGAGCGAGUCCACGCCCGGGGCCAGCGCUGCAGAGCUGGCGUGCAUUCAACCAACGCUUCCCAGCUAAAGCAAGCCCAGGAAAGAAGAGGGGGGAAAAAGGGGGAGCUUUUCUCCGAAGCCUUCCGAUCUGCAGGGUGAAAAGUGAUUGACGCCACCGUGAAGGGGGGCGAGAGGGAGCUGGAAGGGGGAGACCCAGGAGGUGUCACCCUAGGGUCUGAGAGGUGGAGGAUGAACGGAGAAGCGGAUAGUCCAACUGACUUAGAAAUGACAGCCCCCAAAAAUCAAGACCGUUGGACCCAGGAAGAUAUGCUGACCCUCUUGGAGUGCAUGAAGAACAAUCUGCCCUCCAAUGACGGCAGCAAGUUCAAAACCACCGAAUCCCACCUGGAUUGGGACAAAGUUGCCUUCAGGGACUUCUCUGGUGAGAUGUGCAGGAUGAAAUGGAUUGAGAUCUCAAAUGAGGUGAGGAAGUUCCGAACCCUGACGGAAUUGAUUAUGGAUGCUGAGGAGCACGUGAAAAACCCAUACAAAGGCAAAAAGCUGAAGAAGCAUCCCGACUUCCCCAAGAAACCUUUGACCCCAUACUUCCGUUUCUUCAUGGAGAAGCGAGCAAAGUAUGCUAAGCUGCAUCCGGAAAUGAGUAACCUGGAUCUCACCAAGAUACUUUCCAAAAAGUAUAAGGAGCUCCCUGAAAAGAAGAAGAUGAAGUAUAUCCAAGACUUCCAACGAGAGAAACAAGACUUUGAGCGAAAUUUGGCAAGAUUUAGAGAAGACCACCCCGACCUCAUUCAGAAUGCCAAGAAAUCUGAUAUCCCAGAGAAACCCAAGACUCCUCAACAGCUCUGGUACACCCACGAGAAGAAGAUCUACCUGAAAGUGCGUCCUGAUGCCACCACGAAGGAGCUGAAGGAUUCGUUGGGCAAGCAAUGGUCUCAGCUCUCGGACAAAAAAAGGCUGAAAUGGAUUCAUAAGGCUCUGGAGCAGCGGAAGGAGUAUGAGGAAAUGAUGCGGGAUUAUAUCCAGAAGCACCCAGAGAUGAACAUUGAGGAAGGGGCGCCCCCUCGCUCUACCCUAACUAAAGCAGAGAGGCAGUUGAAAGACAAGUUUGAUGGGCGACCCACCAAGCCCCCUCCGAAUAGCUACUCACUUUACUGUGCUGAACUGAUGGCCAACAUGAAAGAUGUUCCAAGCACAGAACGGAUGGUUCUUUGCAGUCAGCAGUGGAAGCUCCUUUCACAGAAGGAAAAAGAUGCCUACCACAAAAAGUGUGAUCAGAGAAAGAAAGAUUAUGAAAUCGAGCUCUUACGUUUCCUGGAGAGCUUACCUGAAGAAGAACAACAGAGGGUUCUGGGAGAGGAGAAGAUGUUGGGAAUGAACAAGAAAGGUGCUACCAGCCCUGCCUCUAAGAAGACCUCACCAGAUGCCAGCAAGGCAGGUUCUGAGAAACCCAAACGGCCCGUUUCUGCUAUGUUUAUCUUCUCGGAGGAGAAACGCAAGCAGCUGCAGGAGGAGCGACCCGAACUGUCGGAGAGUGAACUGACCCGGCUGCUGGCACGGAUGUGGAAUGAUCUUUCAGAGAAAAAAAAGGCCAAAUACAAAGCUCGUGAGGCUGCCAUGAAAGCUCAGACAGAGAAAAAGCAUGGCUCUGACAAGGAGGAUCGUGGCAAACUUCCUGAAUCGCCCAAGACAGCUGAGGAGAUCUGGCAGCAAAGCGUCAUAGGAGAUUAUCUUGCCCGCUUUAAGAAUGACCGAGGGAAAGCCCUAAAAGCCAUGGAAGCCACUUGGAACAACAUGGAGAAAAAGGAGAAGCUGAUGUGGAUCAAGAAGGCAGCAGAAGAUCAGAAACGAUACGAGCGAGAACUGAGUGAGAUGAGGGCACCGCCGUCCUCAACAAAUGCCUCCAAGAAGAUGAAAUUCCAGGGUGAGCCGAAGAAACCCCCCAUGAACGGGUAUCAGAAGUUUUCUCAGGAGCUGCUCUCAAAUGGUGAACUCAACCAUCUUCCUCUGAAGGAGAGGAUGGUAGAGAUCGGAAGUCGCUGGCAACGGAUUUCUCAGAGCCAAAAGGAACAGUACAAGAAGUUCGCAGAAGAGCAGCAGAAACAGUACAAAGUGCACCUGGAUAUGUGGCUCAAGAGCUUAUCGCCACAAGAGAGAGCUGCAUACAAAGAACAUACCUCCAAUAAGCGCAAGAACAUGGGAAAGAUGCGGGGCCCAAAUCCUAAGAUGAAACCCUCAAUGCAGUCCAAGUCGGAAUCGGAGGAGGAGGAGGAGGAGGACGAUGAUGAUGACGAUGAAGAGGAGGAGGAGGAGGAGGAGAACGGUGAUUCCUCUGAGGAAGGAGGGGAUUCCUCUGAUUCAAGUAGCGAAGAAGAGAGUGAAGAUGGGGAUGAGAAUGAAGAAGAGGAUGACGAAGAGGAUGAUGACGACGACGACGAUGACAACGAAUCUGAGGGCAGCAGCAGUUCCUCGUCCUCUUCAGGAGAUUCUUCUGAUUCGGACUCCAACUGAACCAUCCCCUUCCUCUGGCCGCCUUUCUUGCUGUUCUCUUAUUCGGUUUAAUUUUUCCGGAUAAAAGUAACAUCAACAGCUGGAGAGCUAAGAUGGGGAGGAAAGGGAGGGAAAAAUCACUGUGGUUUAAUUAUCUUCCUCUCCUCGCACACCUCACGUUGUAUUUAACUGUGUGUGGUUGUAUGUGAGGGGAGCGUGGGGGUAGAAAAUAGUUGACAACCAGUGGAGGGUGUUUUUUUGUUUUUUGUUGUGGUGGUGGUGUGGGGAGAGAAUUUUUAUUCUAUACUCGUCUCUUUAUUUUUUCCCUCCUAAGUCUCUCUGGGGGUUUCCCCCUGUUUUUGUGAGAGGUGGGCAAGGUCAUUGCAAAAUGCUGACCCCUUUUAUUUUUCCCCUCGCAUAUUUACCCUCUCUUCCCAUCCCCAAUUCUAGCCACCAGCUUCAGACUUUGUACAGAUUCUUUUUUUAAAAAAUGAGAGACUUCCCAUCACCCACUCCCCAGCACAUAGCCAAGGAGAGAUGGGUUCCAGAAAGCACGAGCCAUGGAAGGUUCUGGACUUUGCCAGUGAGACCCACCUCUCUUCAAAGAGGACAAUCUUGUACAGUCUUGCAAUUUUACACCUUGACAAAAGAAGGAGAACAAAAUGGCCGCAGCUGCACUUAGCUAUUUCCUGCGAUGAACUGGAUAUCCAGCAUUUCCUGCUGAGGGAAAUGGGGUGGGUGGGUAUAUUUCAUGUGAGUGCAUGGCAAAGGUCAGGGUAUAGAAAAGGAACUGAAGAAAAGGAUUUUUUUUGCAGAGAGAAUAUCUGGCAUGCUGUUGCAGGAGGAGAGAAUUACGGGAGCUCCAAGGUGACUGACUUUCUUUUGCAGGAAAUGGACUUUUUCUGUCGUUUUUCUGACCAGCAUUUAAGCAAAGACAGUAGUGGCCAGACCCCUUUGGGUUGUUGUUGUUGUUAAUAUAUAUAUUUUUUUUUACAAUGAAGUGACCAAUAAUUGUACCAAAAUGGGGCAUUUUGUUUGACUUGUCUUUCAAAGGGGGCGGUUGGUUGCAGGGGUAUUAUCUGUCAUUUAGCAUUUUUUUUAAAGAAGAAUUUUAUAAACCAAGUAAGUCAACCAUCUUUUUCUACAACUAAAUUAUCCCAUCUUUGACAUCGAGUACUUCAUAUGUCUCAUACCCUCAUGCAGACGCUAGUAGUCUUUGGAUCUUGGCAUGGAUGGGUUAUGUAUAUGAGUCACACAGAUUCCAACCCCCGGCAUGACUUGGGUUUUAUUCAGACUGCACAUGUUCAUUCCACUUCAGGCAGAGGAGUGGUGCCAAGAAGAGACAGAUUCCAACCAUCAUGAGGUGCAUUUCUUAGAAAGGAAAACUCAGUACUGACUCUUGUGUUUGCCCUGUGAAUGAGGUCAGAGCUAGACAUUAUAUGAGGGUUAAAUGGCUGCUAUCAGGAACAGCAGCUUCCACAGCUUUCUUUUCCUUGUAAAAUGGCCAAUUGUACAAAAUGUCACUAUGCUGCAAAUUCCCCUAUCCACCCUCUGAGGAACAGCCAAAAGGGCAGGGAAGUCUGCAGCAUGGUAAUGUGUCACACUCUUUGCAUGACUAGACAUCACUGGACAAGAUGAAGACAAGAUAUAUGGCUGCUACUUGCAGCGGCAGGUGGGUGUCUCUUGUAACAUUUAGUUGUGGCCUUGAACAGCUGGAGCAAGUUAACAGUGGCUUUGUUUGGAUAAAGACUAAGCUAUGCUUUAGCUUUACAUGAACAACAUUGUACUCAUGAGCUCUCCCACCCCACCCCCAGCCUUCCUCAAGUGCAGUUGCAAAGAGUAGAUAAGAAACAUUUGCUUCUGUUUUUAAUUAUCUGUGGUUACUUGUUCUGGACAAACUGUAGUUACUCUUAACUGUGGUUCACAGAAAUAAGUCAGGAUUGUAAAUCAUGACUUGUAAGCCUGGCUUGUUUCCCUAAACCAUAGUUAAGAUUAACAACAAUUUUUUGGUUCAUAACUAAACCACAGUUCAUUGAAGACAGAAGAGCUUCCAAUCUCCUCGCAGUGGAAGGGGCAGGGGAGAAUGCAUGAGUCUGAGACUUGUUUGCACAAUGUGGACAUACAGUAUAGCAUUAUGUCUGAACCAGAUCAACACAGAUUAAAUUGGUUGGUAUUAGUGAUUAUUUUCAAAAACAGGCUGGUAUGUUCCAUCUUGCAAUCAAAUUGGACGGGGAGAAAAAACUUGACCAAUUUCCUUCUAGACAAUGCUCCUUUUGUUUCUUCUUUCCACCUUUCUUCCCUCCCUUUCCUUUUCUUCUUUUUUAAUAUUUUACAUACAAGCCAUAUUUAAUUUUGUGUGUGAAAGAGUGUGUAUCCUUGACUAGUUUUUUAUUAUAUUCUUUGGAGGAUUAGCUGUUACAAUAUCAGCAUUUUCUUUUUAAGGCCACAUCCAGCAACUGGUGACUUGUUGCCCAAAUCUAGCCUACAGACUGGUUCAGUACUUUAUCUUGGGUCUUCAGUGCCUUUCCUAACUCCCUCUGUCUCGUUGACAAGAAAAAUGAGAAUUUUCUAAAACAAUCUAUACAAAUCUAUAUAUUUGCAUGUUAGAGAAUCCUUUUUUGUCUUGACAUGUAAUUUGGAUGUUUUUAAGCAUGCAUCACAUAAAGCCCCUGCUUACACAGAGGCUCACAGAACCUCUCCAGAAUCCACCAUCCACCCAAACUUCACCUCUCAAGGCCAACACCUAUAAUCAAGAAUCUGCUGCUUCUCCCUUGGGUGGAGGGGUUUAGGCUCCCCUCAUCUCUCAAAGGCAGGGAAUUCUGAAGCUUCAAAUGAAGUUGUUUGUCUUCCCGUUGCUGCCUCAGUUUCCUGCCUGUGCUUGGGGAAACAAGCCCCAUCUGUAUCAUGGUCACUUUUUAUUUCUCCUCAGUAGUGUAGAACAAGACAAAUGAAAGAGUAAAGUUCAAGCAAUUCUUACAAUCUGAAAAUUACAGUGUUGCUUUAAAGAAACACUUCCAUUUAUACCUCUCUUCCUCCUCUAAGAGAGGGAAGGUGGGAAUUGAACAUGGCUUGUGCUUCACCUGUUUCUUUUGGGUUCGUCUGGAAACCAUAUGAAGGAAGUAUAGACAACUCUCUUGGGGGGAGGCUGAGUUGUUUGAGAGAGAGCACCUGUAAGCCCAAUGAGCCAUUGAUUCCAAGUGUAUCCAAGUGCCAAAAAUAUUUUUGCUUGUCACCAAAAGAGAGGGAGUUAUGAAAGGCUCUGAAGACCCACCAACAACUAGAAAUACUUUAGUGGUCACUUUCAAGCCACUCUUCCCUAUCUUUAAUUAAGGUGGGGUGGCUGACCCUAUAACUCACCAGAUGUUGUUGAACCACAGCUCCCAUUCUUCCUGACAGCUAUGCUGGCUGCGGCUGAUGGGAGCUGAAAUCCAGUAACAUCUGGAAGGCUACAAGUUUGUCACUUCUGCUUUACGGGGUAAAAAACUUAUGUUAACAGCAGUCUUCUCCAUUUAGUCUGCUUUUUGCUAUCAAAAAGCUCUUGAAACAUGCCAUGCCAACAUUUAUUCCUUCUAGAGGGAGCAUCCUGGUCCCACAAUUGCCCUUUGGAAGUCUGCUAUACCUCAGUUCCAUCACUGGAAAGAGAGCACGUAUGCCCUGUUGCUAAAUAGCUACUUCAAAUCAGCAGCUUGAAUAAAUGCAAAAGCCGCCCACUCUUACAAAAUGCCUGAGGAGGACCUUUUCUUGCCCCCACCCCUUUCUCAUGGUAACAAGAUUAGUUUUAAAGCAUUGGGACUUUUAUCUUUGCUUGAAUCUCUGUAGGUCUUUGUUUUUAAAAAGCAUGUCAUCCUGGUUAGCAAUCUAACUUUAACAGAACCAGCCAUAGCAUCUAUAUAAAGCUUAUACAUACCUGAUUACAGGGAACGGGAUUUGCAUAAAUCCUGUAAGAAUUCUGGAGCCCACAAAAUCCUGUCUCCAUUGAAAUCUGAGCAGCUUUUGGUGGCCUUGUUAAUGCAGGAAGAAGUAUUUUGCACUGUGGGAAUGGCUGUCUCAGUGAAUAAUGUGUGUAUGUUCCGAUAACAAUACAUUGGGAAGUGCAAGUGAAGGUCAGUUUUUCACUGUGCUUUCAUCAGGAUGAACAAUGGUUACUGUCAUGGGCAUCUCAUAUUGCAAAGUACAUCAGUCUUAUAUGGAGGGGAGUGCAAUGUCAUGUAUGGGAGUAUGUUGUGUGUAUGCAUUUCUAAUGAACAGUUCCAGACAAUUGAGGAUCUUUGUAUGUAUCUGUUCUGUGAUAUGUUUUGGGCUGGAGGCAAAUGUAUAUACAUAUACUGUCUUUGAGCAAGAGAUCAAGCUCAGUAGCCUUUUGGCUUUGCUAGCUUCCGAUAAAAUAUUAGUAAUGCGUGGAAACAGGGAUUUAUUAAAUAGCCCCAGAAUAUUUUGUGCUAGAAACCUCAGGGGAAAAGAAACUUGUUUUGAGUACAUAUGAAAUUAAUUAAUGUACAAUACACAUAAAAAUGGGUAUUUAUGUGUCCUUGAAUAAUGCUUAGAAGAUUAUUGGUUCUUGAUUACUCAAUAUGCUUGAAAAACUUCCAAGUAUCAUGGAUACCUGUGAACUUUUUAUUAAAAUAUAUGUAAUAAAACUAAAACCAUGAAAUUUAAUAGAGGUAUCAUUAAACAAGAUUCAUUAAGCAGUGUAGGGUGCAAUCCAAUCCCCCUUUGUGCUGGAUGGAGGAGGAGGUUGGAUUGGACAGAUGCAAGCUGAAAACAAAGCACAGCAUUCCAGGGGAGGGGCUGAGCUUGACCCCACUGCUAUCAGGAGAUGUCAUGGGGUCUGAUGGCUGCUUCAGCGCCAGGCUAGCACGGCAAUUUGCCUGUUUACCCACCACUACCACCUUCCACCCCAGUCCACGUGCAUGGCAGGGAUGUGGGUGUGGUGGUGGCCCAGCUGCUUUGUUAAAUGCUGCCAGACAGCAGCCAGGGUUUGAAUUGCUUCCGAAAAGUAAAUAUGCAUUGGAGAUUUAUUGGUGAUAAAUAAUAAUUUAUGAAAGAUAUGCAAAAAGUGAAAAUAUGUGGAAUCUUUUAAAAAAUCGGUUAAAAGUUUGUAUUUUAAAUAGGUGUGAUCACCAAAACUUUCUAAAGCUUGAAAUUCAUUAUGUUGUUCUAUAAAUCCUUGUUUGCAAACUUUUCAUUGAAAGAUGAAUAUUACACAUGGAUAUGACUUACUUGUGUAAGGGUCUACAUGACCCAUCUCAUUUACAGGGCUCUUCACCCAUGCGCUGGUCCGUUGACAUGCAGCAUUCACAUGUCAAUAAUUUUUUAUCAAGAGGGAAGCCUCACUGGUGACAUGCAAACAAAAGAGGCUGUCACAUAGGUUAACAGUUUUUUAAAAACAAAACACUGAACUGCAGGGAGCCUUGCAUGGGCAAGUACUGUCUGUGCCUCCAGAUAUUAUGUAAAAUAGCUCUUGAUCUUUGACAUGUAUGUAUAUAUGUUGGGUGUAAACCUCCUUUAGAACCAAUACGUGUUCUUCAGAGCUAGACAUUGCUAUGGUUGUCAUAAUCAUCCGUUAUCCAGCAGGAGAACCCUGAUUUUUUGGGUGUGUGUGUGUGUUCUGUGAAGAAAUGUGGCUAUGCUGAGGUGUGUACCUGUCAGGUAACUCCUCAUUGCCUUCUGCCCAUUCAGUGCUAGUUUUCUUCAUUACAUGAACUGCAUUGAAACCACCAAGAAAUGUUUUGCACAGUGAGGGGCCUUAUGGAACCAUGCAAGGGGGCAUCAUUGUAUAGAUCCCGAAAUAAUGUGGAGUCUCCAUGCCAUUGCUCCACAUUCCUUGAAAACAGUCAAAGCUGAAACUCAUCACCCAGUUUAGGGGGAUCCUUAGGUAAGUAUCUUACUUAAGUAACACCUUUUCCAUGGAAUUGUUUCCUAGUUAAUUCUUAGUGGCUGAUAUACUCUGCACACAAAUACUUUUUUUGGAGGUGGGCGAGAAGUAAAAUCUUGCGGUUUUUUAUUCCUUUUUAUAUAAUUUUCAAGUCUUUUCCGAUUUUGUCUCUGCUAAAGAGGAAAGAUUCUUGACCCCUUCUAAGACAACUGGCAGAAUUUUUGCAAGAUGACACCAUGAAAUGCAGGAUACUUCCAUUUAGAUGUACCAUUCACACCUCAAAGAAGUUGAUUUAUCAACUGUGGACCAGAGACUAUCAUUCUGAUCCAGCUAAUGUGACCACAUGCAGAAACAAAUAGUGCAGAAAUUGUAAAGGAUUGCCUACAACAACCUGGUAAUGCAUACAGCACUUGUCUAUGUGCAUAUUACCUCCUGUUGCUCUAAUGCAGUUUUCCCCAACCUGGUGCCUUCUACCACUGCCAUGCUUACUGGGGCUGAUUUGAGUUGAAAACAUCUGGAGGGGUAUCAGAUUGAUGAAGGCUGCUCGGAUAGAUCCUACCUGCUAGAAACCCAAUAAACAUUUUAGCCAUUGACACAUCUAGCCAGAUCUACCUGCUAACUUUAUUUUUCAUUAAUAUGACUGAAUUCUGAUAUGAUGUGCCCAGUUAUACAUCAAAUUAACCCAACACUCUGCCAUAAAUCCCUCUGAUGUUCCUAGACUCUUUAUCUCUGGUCCCUGAAUCAAUCUUCCUCCUCUUCCUCUCUCAUCCCUCUAUAAUAAGACACCUGGUUUGAUUUUGCUGAACGUGCCAGCUCUGUUGUAUUUUAGUAGAUGUGUUUUUUAAGUAAAAAAAAACUUAAAAAUCUUCUUUAAAGUAAAAUUCUUACAGUACUGAUGUCUUUUUUAAAAAGAGAAAAGUGUUACAGGAGGGUGGGGGGGAGACAGAUUGUACUGUAAGAAGGUGGAACUGAGUGCAUUUUUGCACUGUUGACAAAAUGUGAUAUUCAAGAUAGAAGUUCUUGUGAAAAAGGAAUCUUUUUUUCUAAUAUUUAAAGUGUUUUGUAGAUUAAAAAAACUUUAAAAUGCCAAAAAAUAUUAAAAUGUACCAGAUUUCAGUUUCUAUUGCUAAAUGGAACUUGGCAAGCUGAGGAUCCUUUUGGUUUCCUUAGAAGUUUUUGCUAUUUACAUCAACUCGGCAAGAACUUCAGCCUGAACUCUGAAUAGACAAAAACUGUGGAUCUCCCUCUCCCCCCUUUUUUCCUUUUGUAUAAUAAAGAACAAAAACAAUG